CUUCACGUUGCUGUGUUCAAUAUCGACUAAACCUCUAAGUGGCAGAGAUUCGCGGGUCAUGAAAUUUCUUUUCCAAUUGGUGGAGCGGCGGAUGUGAUAGUUGUAGCCUAUCCGGGGGCAAUACAGUGGCUGUUUGAAAUCAUUCACGUUGGAGUGUUUGUAGUCGCACACCCUUUGACUGUGUGUGGUAGGACCCUGGCCUGCCAGAGAGAAAGUAAAGCGACCAGAGCCUUGGAAAUCGAUUCACUGAUCUGUGGCUGAAGAAAUUCCUCCUUAUCCCAGACCUAAAGGGUUGACCCUUCACUCGGAGCCUGUGCCUUCUGGUCCUGGUCUCGCCUUCUACUGUAUAAAUGCUUGUUGUCCGAUACAAUGGCCAUCCUUGAAAGUUACUGUGAAGGCAACGCUUCCUUGUCAGAAGUAUGGACACAACAAGGAAUUUUCCCGUGUUUUUAUUUCACUCUGGUUUCAACAGUACUGUUGAGCAUUGCUUUCCUUUUUGGCAGUUUGCAGUAUGUUUGUUACAAUAUGUAUGGCACAACGAUGGAGCCAAAGUAUGUACCUCGCUCCCAUCUUUUCUUCCUGCAGUUGUUCCUGUCGGUGGUCCUGCUUCUGCAGUUUGGAAUCUAUAUCCUUUGGCAAUCCUUUGGUUUAGGCAUUGUGUAUGGAUACAUGAUCGUCUACUCAUGUCUAUCUAUUAUUGGAUGGUUGUGUACUAUUGCUCUGUUGUAUCUUGAACGCACAAGGGUGUUGGUGCGGGAUAGGACACGUGGUCACAGUACCAUUCUGCUACUCUUCUGGGCUCUGGCCUUUGCAGCUGAGAAUCUGACCUUCAUAUCGUGGAGUAGUCCUUUAUGGUGGUGGUCACUGGACAAUACCGAUCGCAAGGUACACUUUAGUUUGUGGAUGGUGCGAUAUAUCUGUACAUUUCUGCUCUUUGCCCUUGGACUGAAGGCACCAGGUUUGCCUCGAAGACCUUAUAUGCUCAUGAUUAAUGAGGACGAACGAGAUGUUGAAUACAGCCAGCCCCUCUUGAAUCAGAAUGGCACCGGUCAGUCAACUUGGAAAGACUUCCGUAAAAAGGUGCAGUUGCUUGUGCCGUACAUGUGGCCGAAAGGAAGUUUAUUGCUGCAGAUGCUGGUCCUGUUAUGCUUGUGUCUCCUUGCAACAGAACGAGUCAUUAAUGUUUUUGUGCCUAUCUACUACAGAAACAUUGUGAAUGAACUGAGUGGAGGAGCCCCCUGGAAGACGGUGGCAAUGACUGUCGGUAUUUAUGUAAUCCUCAAAUUCCUGCAGGGAGGUGGUGCAGGCACUUCAGGUUUUGUAAGCAACAUGCGCUCCUUCAUAUGGAUCAGAGUCCAGCAGUACACUAACCGUCAGGUACAGACUGGACUCUUUGCUCACCUGCAUUCCCUUUCACUUCGCUGGCACCUGGGGAGAAAGACUGGGGAAGUCCUACGUAGUGUGGACCGUGGCACCAGCAGCAUCAACUCCUUGCUGAGCUACAUUGUUUUCAGCAUCUUCCCGACGAUUGCUGAUAUCAUCAUUGGCAUUGUUUACUUCACCACGAACUUCAAUGCCUGGUUUGGUCUCAUUGUCUUUGUUUGUAUGGCACUGUAUCUAACCAUCACUAUUGUGAUAACUGAAUGGAGAACUAAGUACAGGAGAGAAAUGAACGCCAGGGACAAUGAAGCAAAGUCUAAGGCUGUCGAUUCUUUGCUCAACUUCGAGACGGUAAAGUAUUACAAUGCUGAGAGUUAUGAGGUGAACCGUUUCAAUGAUGCCAUACUGAAGUAUCAGGUAGCAGAAUGGAAAACAAGUGCCAGCCUGGCCGUUCUGAACCAAACACAGAAUUUCAUCAUUGGCCUUGGGUUGCUUGCUGGGUCACUUCUUAGUGCUUACUUUGUCACAGAAAAAAAGCUUCAGGUUGGGGAUUUUGUCUUAUUUGGGACGUAUAUUAUUCAGCUUUACACUCCACUCAGCUGGUUUGGGACAUAUUACAGGAUGAUCCAGAGUUCAUUCAUAGACAUGGAGAAUAUGUUUGAGCUGUUCCAUGAGGAACAAGAGAUUACUGAUGACAUCAAUGCAGCAGAUCUUAUUUUCAAAGUUGGAAAGGUGGAGUUUGAUGAAGUUUAUUUUAGCUAUGUUGAUGGCAAGGAAAUUUUGCAUGGCAUAUCAUUCACUGUUCCACCUGGACACACAAUGGCUCUAGUUGGCCCCUCUGGGUCAGGGAAAAGUACCAUCAUCCGACUGCUGUUCCGAUUUUAUGAUGUCAAGGGAGGCUGCAUUAAAAUCGAUGACCAAGACAUCUCCAAGGUGAAGCAGAGCUCUCUUCGUUCUCAUAUUGGUGUAGUGCCUCAGGACACUGUUCUCUUCAAUGACAACAUUAGAAACAACAUUCGGUAUGGCAGAGUGACUGCAAGUGACGAGGACGUAGAGGAAGCCUCUCUAGCAGCUGAUAUUCAUGAGCGGAUAAUUACUUUCCCUGAAGGUUACGAUACCCAGGUUGGGGAAAGAGGACUGAAACUGAGUGGAGGAGAGAAGCAGAGAGUGGCAAUUGCCAGAACAAUCCUGAAGGCUCCUCAGAUUGUUCUUCUAGAUGAGGCUACAUCUGCUUUAGACACACAAACUGAAAGAAACAUUCAAGCCUCCCUGGCCAAAGUCUGCGCCAACAGGACCACGAUUGUUGUGGCUCACAGGUUGUCAACAGUGAUUAAUGCAGAUCAGAUCCUGGUGCUUCAAAACGGACACAUAGUGGAAAGAGGAAGGCACGAUGUGUUGCUUGCUAAAGGCGGCGUUUAUGCCGGGAUGUGGAUGGAACAGCAGCAAGCCGAGUCGACUGACUCAGCAUCUGACACAGAAAUCAAAGACAAGAGCACUGAGAAACUGCAGGCGCCCAGCAAUAAGGGGAACUGAAGACAAACCUGCAUUGGACUAGGAGCCCUGACCAUUGUUAUUCCUCAACAUAAGGCCAUCAAUGUAUUGACCAUGCUUGGUCAGCACAGUGUGCCACAUUGAAAACAUUACAUUUGAAACAUGGAAUCAGUUUUACAUUGUUACAAGAGUUUCUAAGCAUCUUCGACGGGAAGAAGAUCCCAGUGAUUCAUUUUUAGGGUUUUUCUGAAGGGGGUAAAAGUAAAUGACAGGCGAGUUCCUAAACUAACAACUGCGUUGGAUUUUGUAGCCGCCAGCUCGAAUUUUAAUUUGCAUCGUGAUGAAGUGCCUUGGUGAGCUUGUAAUUUGGGAAGGAAGCUAAAUUUUUGAAGCAUUUAGCAAAGCUUAUAAAUGACAGAUGGAAGAAAAGGAUGCGCCAUAUCCACAUAAUUGCACUUACAAAGCUUUACCUGUGCUCCCUUAUAGUCUCCAUUGAUUUUCGUCCUCUUAGUGUCUGACUAUUAUGUUUUAACUAGACAGACCAAGGAAAUCGUUCAUCAUUUCCUUGGUACAUGCUGAUCUAGCUGAUCUCACCCAGGGUAGUACACGAUGAAAAAGAACCUCAUUUCUCCUGAGUUAAGAUAAAGGGGUCAAUAUCUGACAGCAUUUCCGCCUUUUGAUUACCAUACUUUAACACUUUACAGAAAGUACAUUGAUGCAGGUGCUUAGAGGCGGACCAGAUGGUGACUGCACUUUUGAACUGAUAUUAAUUGAGUAGAUUUCUAGCUGAGGAGAUGCCUGAGUACCAGCAGAGCUUACAGCACAGCAGGAGUCAGAGCCUUUGGAAGAAGAGGAGAGAAAAUUUCAGAUGUGAAUAACUAACUGUUAGUAACCGAGACAGAAUCCAUCAGAAAUACAGCUGGGUCAAUAGCUGUAGUUGAACAGUACCACCUGUUCCACUCCCCAUCUGAUAGUUCCUUCUGUUUGAAGUUAAUGGAAUAUCAAGCAGGGGGUAUAUUCAUAAGACAUCACCUGCUUUGUACUUUCACCCAAGCCAAAUGUCUGCAGUAGCCAUACCUGUUCUCGCUGGAUCAUUCAGUUACUGAUCCCCUAGCACUAGUGUCUCUCUCAUAGGCUUUGUUUUGUAAGCUUAGAGGACAAGACUCCAUUUUGUUGGAGGUAUUUGCUUAUUUCAGUAUAAAUAUAGUAUUAUAGUUACCUUUGAGGUUUUCCUGGCAUUGGACAGAGUGAUAUGCUUUAGUUCUGACAGACUGCCUCUCAGCAGAGAAAGAUCUGCAGUCAGACUGCAUCUUUUAAAACAAUUUUGCAUGUGAUUAAAAAAUAUUCCUAAGUGUUUCACAGGAUCUGAUCUAAUUUAACACUGAGAUGCUCAAAGGAAUAUUAGAACAGGUGUCUGAAAGGUCAGAGGUGUAUUUUAAGGUGUCUUAAUGCGAGGAAGAGAAGAUUUAGACAGAAUCUAAAACUUUGGGCUCAGUUGAAGAUCUAUUAGUUUACGAUAGUGUGAUUAAAAUAAUUGAAUGUGCAAGAAGACUGAAUUUGGAAAAUCCCUGAGGUUUGAAGACUUGGGGGAGGCUAGGUAUAUCUCUGAAUGCUUCACAUACUUUGAAUUACUCAGAGACAGCAAUUUAUUUUUGACACAACUCCAUCUCAUUUAGAAAUCGCACUCAGUCAUGGAGAUCUUCAGCACAGAAAAGGCCUUUCAGCCCAUUAUAUUGCACUAGGCAGCAACAACCAUCCACCUAAUUAUUCCAAUCACAUUGUCCAGCACUCGGCCUAUAACCUUGUGUGCCUCGGCAUCACAAGUGCACGUGUAACUACUGCUUAAUUGUUCUGAGGGUUUCUGCCUCUACCACCCUUACAUGCAGUUAGUUCCAGAUUCUCACCAUUCUCUGGGUGAAAAAGUGUUUCCUCACACCUUCUCUAAACCUUCAGCCCCUCACCUUAAAUAUAUACAUCCAGUCAUUGAUACUCACAACAAGGGCAAGGGUGUCUUCCUGUCUCUCCUGUCUAUACCCAGCACAAUUUUAUGCAUCUCAAUCAUGUCCCCUCUCGACCCCCUCUGCUCUAAGGAAAACAACCGUAUGAAAUCAUCCCUUGGGUGAAGUACUGUUGCAAUUGUGGUGUUGAAUUUAAGCUGAGUGAAAUAAUGGAGGAGAAAUUAGCUGUACAGACAACAAAGAUCAAAAUCUGUCAGUUGACUGUAUCAAGUCACGAGCCAUAUUUUUCAGGGAAAUCACUUUCAGGGUUAACUGUUUGGUGUGUCUGGGAAUGUUCUGUCUGAGUUAUAUUUAUUUAAUUUUUGGCUGAAUUGUUUGAAAACAUAAUGUAAUAAACAAUUUUACCACUUUAUUUCCAUCACACUGCACACCUGUAGUGACUGUUUUCUACAUCUGCGCCUCCAUGCUUCAGAAAUUAUUUUGCAGCACCGUGAGUAAUGCCUGAAAACCAGCUGCCCUUAUAAUCUCAAUGAAGGUACUAACCAAUGCGUCAUAGCGGGAGGCAGUGGCCUAAUGGUAUUAUUGCUGGAGUCCACAUUUUGUUCUGGUUACCUGGGUUUGAAUCCUGCCAAGGCAGAUGGUGGAAUUUAAAUUCAGAUUUUAAAAAAUCUGGUAUUAAGUGUCUAAUGAUGACCAAGGAUGAGAGGUGACUUGAUAGAGGUGUACAAAAUGCAUUCCACGGCCCGACCACUCUCUGAAGAACCUACCUCUGACGUCUCCCCUAUAUCUAACUCCACUCACUUUAAAGCUAUGUCCCCUCAUAAUAGCUACCUCCACCCUAGGAAAAAGUCUCUGGCUGUCCACUCUAUCUAUACCUCUAAUCAGAGCCUUGCGGGACACCACUCAGCACUGACCUCCAGGCAAAAUACUUACCAUCUACAACCACUCUCUGCCUCCUGUCAGCCAACCAAUUCUGAAUCCAGACAGUCAAAUCACCCUGUAUCCCAUACCUCCUGACUUUAUGAAUGAAUAAAUAGCUUGUAGCUCCACAAAUUUGUUCAGUAUUACAACCCUCAUAUAUGUAAUUUCACCAAGUGUCUCUCUUUUUUACAUCUUAAUUUAUAUAAUAACUGGAAUGUUAUUUUAUAUUUCUGAAAAAAGUGGAAUCUUGCCAAAUCAUGGGGCUACUCUCUCAUUAAAGAGACACCUGGUGGUGGUUUAACCUGACAGUCACCAUGCCUCAGGAAGGGGAGAGGUUGAGUGAGGCAGUCAUUCAUGGUAAGUGUCACUGUGCAGGAGUAUAGCUCAAGCUGUUGGCAUCAGACUGCAUUGCAAACCCACUAUUCAGGCAACUGAGCUAAGCCACUUCAGCUGAGUGUAGUAAAGGCUGCGUGAGUGAAGCUGGAAAUUUGAUUCAAAGUGGGAAUUUGAUGCAAUGGGGACAGAGGUGUUUUAACUAAAGUUUAUUUCAAGAGCUAAAAUGUCCAGAAUAAGGAAGGUGGGAGAGGAGAAAAGAUGGGGAUCAGGGGGCUGAACUGCAGUGAGAAUCAUGAAGGACAUCAUGAACCACAGUGUGACCAGAGUGCAGGGAAAGAAACUAUUUGGUGAGUAGGACUGGUAAAUAUUUCUAGUCUGCAAAGUAGAGACGUUUUCAGUUUGUGUUCCAGCCUCUGUUGCUUUUCUUCUCUUAUAAUAAUAACUGGUUUUGUCUCAGUUUGUUACUGUUUUUUUUAUUAAAAUUACACUAAGUUAUUUUACUAAAAGUGCAAGGAAUCUAGAGUAAUUCAUUUGUAAAUUAAAUCAGAUAUGACAGUGAUGGGAAGUUGGGUGAUGUGUUGCUGUUGCAACAUGUGGAAGAUUUUGGAUACCAAGAUGAAUCAGAGACAACACCUCUAUAGUGAGUAACUACAGCUUGAGGAACCUCAGAUCCAAGGUGCCGUCCAAGCUGCAGACAUUAUGUCAUUUCAGGGAAGGGGCAUGUUAUUCUAGAUAUUGCCACAUAGGGUGGUCAAUCCUUUCAGAAUAGGCCUAUUCAAAUUUGGUCAGUGAUUAGGGACAGGAGGGUGUGACCAGGGUAUGGUAGGUAUGAGGACUCGGGGUUGCAAUUUAGGAGCCUUAGCACCCCUGCAAUUGCCCACAGUUACAAGUUUCUUAUGAGUUAUGCGGACAAGAGUAGGGACUGCAGGAAUAUGACCAUGACACUGUGGUAACUAGAGCCAUUAAAGAGAGAACAAAAUAGGACUGAAUUUGUGUUUUUUAUUCAUUCAUGGGAUGAGGGUGUCACUGGCUAAGUUAGCAUUUAUUGCCCAUCCUAAAGACAAUUAAAAGUAAACUGUGUUGCUGUGAGUCUGGAGUCACAUGUAAGCCAGACCAAGUAAGGAUGGUAGUUUUCUUCCCUAAACGGCAUUAAGUAUUUCCCAAACAAUUGACAAUGGGUUCAUGGUCAUUGUUAGACUCUUAAUUGCAGAUUUUUUAUUGAAUUCAAAUUCCACCACCUGCCAUAAAGGGAUUUGAACCCAGGCCCCUCAAACAUUAUGAAUUUCUCAUCCAUGCUAACAUUGCCAAUCUGAUUUGUCCAGUAUAUAAGUUUACCAUUAAAGUUUACCAUGUUUGCUACCACCCCUUUAUCAUAAACAGUCAAUAUUUCUUCCCAUAUGCUUUAUCCUACAUGUGAUUACUGCUGGGAGGCUGAAGACUGUGACCACUAAUGACUUCUUUCCCCACUAUUGUUGCUCUCCAUCCAGCCCAAUUUUACACCCUGAACUCCUAAACCAGGGUGGGAUCUAUUGAUUACACAAAUGCCCCAUCCGUGAUUAACUCAGCUACUCCUCCACCUUGACCUAACCUUCUAUCUUCUUGGAUAUCAUGUACCCCUCAAUAUUCAGGACCCAAUCUUUGUCAUCCUGUAGCCACACCUACAUUAUAGCUGGCAGAUCAUGUGUAUUUACUUUAAUCUGUAGUGUCAAUUAGUGUGUCCUAUUAUGAAUGCUAUAGUCAUUUAGAUAGGGGCUUUUUGUUUUGACUUUUAUUAUCUUUGUAACAUAUCGUCUUGAUUGUUUGUAUAUUCUUUGGUUAUUCUCUGUCACUUCCUGCCAUUCUUUGACCUUCAUUUCCCGUAUUAUGAUGUUACUCACCUGCCUUGAUUUGCUACACGAACCGAAUCUGAUGAAGGGCCUAGGCCCGAAACGUCAGCUUUUGUGCUCCUGAGAUGCAGCUUGGCCUGCUGUGUUCAUCCAGCUUCACACUUUAUUAUCAUAAUCCCUUGUUCCUACUUCCUACUUAAUACAGUUUAGUAGGAAGCUGAUUCCAGUAUGGCUUAGUUGCACACUGCCCUAAAGGUGAAGCCUCCACUUUCUCCAGCACUAAUGUCAAUGCCCCACAAACUGUAACCCAUUUGACUCAUUAAUACUUCUCCAUUGAGAUUCUAAUCUUCAAUAUAGUCACCAGCUGGGCAACACAGCUGUUUGCACUCAUGCUCGUGGCUGAACAGAACAUUGUCCAUUCCCCUCACUAUGCCAUCUCCAACUCCUUUUUACUUACCCUGCUUGAAAUGAGUCCUGAGCCAAGGCACUCUGGUCAGUUCUCUAGUUUGCGGACCUUGCUGUUGACCACACUGAUGAGCACUUCAAACUUGUUACUCCUUCGCUACAAUGUUCUUUGAGCUAUUAUCUGUCCCACUCGUGAUCCCACCCUCCAGAUCCUUAUUCCAAAUGCUAUUGGACUACCCUGUGCUAAGGGCUGUGACACCUUCUGAAUCAAAGUGUCCAAAUAUCCCUCCCCCUCCUUGAUGCAUUACAAUAUCUUCAAUGAAGUCUCCAGUUCAAUAACUCUAAGUUGCAAUUCCUGUAGUUUUAGACACUUGCUACGGGUAUAGAACAUAGAAAAGUACAGCACAGUACUGGCCCUUCGGCCCACGAUGUUGUGCCGUGGAAUAAUCCUAAUCCAAAAACAAAAUAACCUAACAUACAUUCCCCUCAAUUCACUGCUGUCCAUGUGCAUGUCCAGCAGUCGCUUAAAUGUCACUAAUGACUCCGCUUCCACGACUACCACUGGCAAAGUAUUGCAUGCACUCACAACUCUCUGGGUGAAGAACCUCCCUCUGACGUCUCCUCUAUACCUUCCUCCUAACACCUUAAAACUAUGACCCCUCGUGGCAGUCAGUCCUGCCCUGGGGAAAUGUCUCUGGCUAUCUACUCUAUCCAUGCCUCUCAUUACCUUGUACACCUCGAUCAGGUCACCUCUCUUCCUCCUUCUCUCCAGAGAGAAAAGUUCGAGCUGUGGAUCAUGUUUGAGUUCAGAAGGACAGGGAUGUAAUGCCUUCCUCCCAUUGUCUGUAUGCUAAUUUGUGAAAUGUAAAUCAAUAAUCCUUGCAUUCAUUCAUAGGAUGAGGGCAUCACUGUCUAGGGCAGUAUUUAUUGUCCAUCCCUAAUUGCCCAGAGGGCAGUUCAGAGUCAACCACAUUUCUGAGGGUCUGGAGUCACAUGUAGGCCAGACCAGGUCAGGAUGGCAGUUCCCCUCCCUAAAGGACAUUAAUGAACCAGAUGGGUUUUUCCAACAAUCGACAAUGGAUUCACAGUCAUCAUUAGAUUCUUAAUUCUAGAUAUUUUAUUGAAUUCAAAUUCCACCAUCUGCUGUAGCGGAAUUCGAACCUGGGUCCGCAGAACAUUAUCUAGGCCUCUGGAUUAACAGCCCGGCGAUAAUACUACUAGGCCAUCCCCUCCCCUCUCUUGAAAUUAAUGGUUAGUGCGUAUCACAGUUUCACUAUGUUAGUUGUUGAAAUAGUUCUAAAAUGAAGGUUCACCCUUUUAGGAAAGAGCCAAGGAGAGAUUGUUUCCGUCGGAUGGCUGUGCAAGUUUGAAACUCUGCCUGCAGGUGCAACAUCAGGCAGAAGUGGAUAGAUUCUUCCUAGGCAAGAGAAUCAAAUGUUAUUGAAGACAGAUGGGAAUGGGAAUUCAAAGCUCAGACAGAUCAGCCAUGAUCUUAUUGAAUGGUGGGGCAAUUUUGAAGGGCCAAAUGGCCUACUUCUACAACAACAAUAACAGAAGUUGCUGGAAAGGUCUGGCAGAAUCUGUGGAGAGAAAUCAGAGUUAACGAUUUGGGUCGAGUGACCCUUCCUCAGAACCUUCUUCUAGCCUACUUCCAGAUCUGUUUCAUAUGUUUAUGCACCAUUACAACCUAAAGUUAGAUGUAAGCAUUUAGCAGGUAAUCAAUUUACCAGACUCCUAUGCUGUCAUUCUUGACUUUCAUCUGUUUUACAAAUGGAAUGUGCAAUGGUUCCCAGCAGCUGAAUUGGUACAUUCCAAAAGGGUUUGGAAAGAAAAAGCAGAGAUAUUUCUUCCAUACUUCUCCAAAGUCCAACACUACCAAACUCCUGAAGCUUCUAUUCUGUGCCAGCUACACUCCACACUAGAUGAACUGCACACAGGCUUCCAUAUAUACUGCUUGUGAUAUUGAUGAGUUAGUUCUGCUCUGCUGCUAUUCAAGAACUGGUUUUAGAUAGCUUCCUAAUUGACUAACUGCACCCCAUUGUUCUCCUUAGUUUACCCUGAAAAACUUUAGGUUUUAAAUCCAACAGACGGUAAAUCUUACUUAAAUGCUAAAAGCAACCAAUGUCAGAUUUUAAAACAAGAUUAAACCUGCCGUGAUGAUAGGAAGGAAAUUCCAGGAUUCUGACCCAGUGACAGUGAAGGAACGGUGAUAUAUUUCCAAGUCAGGAUGGUGAGUGGCUCAGAGGGGAACUUGCAGGGGAUGGUGUUCCCAUGUAUCUGCUGUUCUUGUUCUUCUAGUUGGAAGUGGUCGUGGGUUUGGAAGGUGUUAAAAAUACAUUGUUGUUAUUUAAAAUGAUUUAUUGAGUCAGUAACUGAGAGGGACAGUUGCAAACUUUGCAUGAAAUAGUGGUUCCUUAUUUUUCUAUAAAUUUUGAAUACACUAAUUUUAAGAAUGCUUCCCUUAUCGCAGACUCCCUAGAAGUGGGAAGAAUGUCUUCCCAUGCACUCUAUGUCACACAAUUUCAAAGAAAAAUUGAAAGUGGUGGUUUAUAAUCUGUUGAUGUUCAUUCCAGUGGUGAGGCUGUAGCAAAUGAAGCAUUAUUCUUCAAGCUUGUGUUGAGAGACAUUGGAAGUCCAGGAUGCCACUGUCAUUGUGAGAUGAAGAUUUGAAAACUUAGGGUCAUGUUUGUGGACUGAGUGGUAAUGUUCAUCUUAAAUAGUCAACAAAUCUGUGUUUGGGCUUCUCAGUAUAGAGUCAGCAGUGAAUCCAUUUUACUAACUUAAUUAUUGAGCGUUAGCUAAGGAGUCACUGAGAUGAACCACCUCAAAGAAUUAUACUUUUAAAUUAUACUUAUUACUGUUAUUUUUAUACAAAAGUUACUUUAUUACAAAUAUAUACAGACACUGACAACUCAAUUGAAUAGCAUCUACAGUUAGUAUAAAUAGGACAAUCUGAAUGCAUUGUGAACAAAUCCUGUGUAUGAUUCCUGCCCAGUAUCAUAGACAUACAUAAUCCUGCAUUUAUUUACAGUCUCUGACACACAAAUGCUACUGUUCAUUUACAGCUUUGUAUGCACAGUUUUUGUUCUUCCCAAUCAUAAUAUUCUUGAGAUGGGUGAUAAAAAUAUAUCAGUAAUUAAAGUUUCUUACUAAAUCUGAAGUGGAUUCAAUUAUUGCAAUUUCAUCAUGUGCUGG